GUUUGUUAGAGUGAGAGCCAAGAUGGCGAACGAGCUGGACAGAGUACGAAUCUCAGCUGCGGAACUCCGAGCUGAAGCGUCGAGUUCAGGCAACAGUAACGACUUUCAGAAAGGUCCAGAGGAACCACAGGAGCAUCACUCACACAAGCAACAGAAAAAGCGUGAAGGUAAACGUCCUGAUCUUCAGCGGUACCAGCCAGGAGCUGGCCAAGGACGACGCCAUCGUGACAGUGAGGAGGGAGAUCCCACUCAAAGUGAUCUUUCACUUGGUGAUUCAUAUGAAUAUGAUCAACCAUCGCAGAGUGAGAAAAAGGGUGUUUCUCAAAGUGUGUCCGAGGGACAAGGAUGCACACACAGUGAGGGGGCGGACACUCAAAAGAAAGAAGACAGAAUGAGAGGUAAUGGUAGUAAUACCCUGAGCUGUGAAACAGGCAGCCAGUCACAGCCUAAAGCAGAUACACAUGAUGAAAAGAGCUUUGAAGAAAAAGAGCAAGAUCACCAGGAACCUGCUGGAGCUACAAAGCUGGCAAAGAGAGCCCGCAAACCUGACAGGGAAUUUUAUCAACCUGGAAGCCGGAGAAGUGCACAGGGAAAGGAAUCUGUAGGGAAGACAGAGCAAGAUAAGCCUCCCCUCAAGAAGCUUGAGCAAAAAAAUGAGUUUCAAAGAAGGACAGGAGAAAGGGAAGGGAGCAAAAAAUGUGUGCAGAAACGGGGAGGGAAAGCUAAAGAAGAAACUACUGCACGAGAAAUUCAAAGUUUAUCUAACAAAAAGCAAGGAAUCCCCCAUGUCGAUACAAGUCCGUUGCCUUCUGAUACGUCCGUGGAGAAAAUUACAAGUAAAAUCGAAAAAAUUAGCAUUAUAGAAAGGAGUAGAGACCAAGACGUUGGAGAAUCAAGUAGCAGUAGAGGGGAAACAACUGAUAAGGAAAGACGAGGUCUAGGUGCUGGAACAAAAGGUGAAGAAAAGUGUGAAAGGAAGAGAGAAAAGGGAAACCGCAGGAGAAAGGGAGUGGAGAAAGAGAAAAAUCAUCCAUCAAGAGGAGACGACGAAGUGAGCGGAGCAGGACAGAACAGUCAUAGUAAAGCUGAGAGGGAAAGAGUAAAGAAUCCUCCUGAAUGUGAUGGAAAAAAAACAGACAGGGCAGGAGAGGCAAACCAAAGUAAAAGAAGAGAGAAUCACAGAGAAAAACGAAGAGGAGACAACAACAACAACAGCGGCAGGUCUGGAGAUAUUGAGAAAGAAGCCAGGUCUGAAAAAAAUUUCCACAGGACCUCUGAAAAAGGUGAUAAGAGCUCAUCUAAUGCAAAUGUCCCAAUGGCAACCUCAAAGCGCUACUCUAAGUCAGACAUUCGACGCUCCCGAAAUCGUAACUACAGCAGCAGCUCAGCCAGCAGUCUGGAUGGUCCUGGAGGAGGAAUGCAUGUGGAGAGCACCAAGUGGCCACGCUCAGGCCCCGGGCACAACAACAAAGAAGCCCCCUCAAACAGCAAGGAAGGACGAAGGAGUCAUUUACAGAGCUGGACCACCAACGAGGAAUCCUCCACCGAAGACGGAAGUGAGAUGAGCGACAGAGCCGACAAUCGGAGGAGUAGGAGAGUUGGGGAAGAGGAAGUGGGUAACGAGAGACGAAGGGAGGAAAGAAACAGAGCAAAGGGAGGCAAAGGUGGAGGCCGGGGAAUCCUCAGGGUUUCACUCGAGAAACACUCCGUUUCCUCGUCACAUAGUGGGGAGACACACAAACGCAAGCACGGCCUGACUCCUCGUGGCAGAGGUGGGGGGAUUUUGGUGCUUCCAGCACGCACAGACAUCUCGAACUCGCCAGAGGUGGGCCAAAGAAUGCUCUUCGGUGGCUCAAGGGGAGCUGCAGCCAGUCGAAGCAGAGGUGGGAGAGGAGGGGGAGUAAGGCGACUCUGGGAUCCAAAUAACCCCGACCAGAAGCCCGCUCUCGCCAAUGCUCAGUCUUCGCUGCAUUCGUCUGUCCAUCAGCCUGUAUAUCUUCAGACAGGGACUGGAUACGGACAGCUUCACUUUCUGGAUACGGAUGAUGAGGUGGCAGGCAGCCCUCCAGUCCCGCAGGGAGAGCAUUUCCGAUCCCAGCAAGCUGCUGCCAUGGCCUACUACAAAUUCCAAAACUCAGAUAACCCAUAUGGCUACCCUCUGGCCACAGGCAAUCCACAUAAUCCCAGCACCACCAACAGCCAGCGUUAUCCAUACCCGUACCACAUGGGGCCAUAUCAGAUGGCGAACGGCGUGUACCCCGGCCCCGGUGUGGGUCAGUUCAGUGGGAGCUACCGAGGAGCUGGUUACACACACACAGGAGCAGGAGGCGCCUUGACAUUUGAAGAGGCGGAGCAACAAGCCAGAGGUGAGCUUGGGAGGCUGCUGAGAGCUGCAGACACACAGGAGCUGCAGCUCAGCAACCUGCUGUCCAGGGACAGAGUGAGCGCCGACGGACUGGACCGCAUGACCCAGCUGAGAUCGGACCUUCUGGGGCUGUACGAGCAGGUUGUGCUGACAGACAUCGAGUUCUCAGACGCUCAGAAUGUGGAUCAGGCUUUGUGGAAGAACGUCUUUUAUCAGGUCAUUGAGCGCUUCCGACAGCUGCUUAAAGACACCAACUACGACAACGCGCCUCACAUUAGGAACAUGCUGCUGACACUGCUCGAUGAGGGAGCACAGUUCUUCGACAUGCUGCUCCAGAAGCUCCAGACAGUGUACCAGUUUAAGCUAGAAGAUUACAUGGACGGCAUGGCGAUCAGGGCUCGGCCCUUACGCAAAACGGUGAAGUAUGCACUUAUAAGUGCUCAGCGCUGUAUGAUUUGUCAGGGAGAUAUAGCUCGCUAUCGGGAACAAGCCAGUGACUCUGCCAACUAUGGCAAAGCUCGCAGCUGGUACCUGAAAGCCCAACAGAUUGCUCCUAAAAAUGGCCGCCCGUAUAACCAGCUGGCUCUGUUGGCAGUCUAUACAAAGCGGAAAUUAGACGCUGUGUAUUACUACAUGCGAAGCCUGGCAGCGUCCAACCCCAUUCUGACCGCAAGAGAGAGCCUGAUGAGUCUGUUUGAAGAGGCUAAGCGGAAGACUGAGCAGCUUGAGCGAAGGAGAAAGCAGGAGCAUGAGGGAGGCUCCAAGGGUCCAGCUGUCCGAGGAAGAGGACGGGGGGAAGAGGGCGCCCGUGUGGAGAUCUGGAUUCGCCCCAGCGGACAGGCAGCGGCGCCUUCCUCUCAGAGAGGAGGCAGCGAGUCCAGCAGGGACUCUGAACAGGACGGGGAGCUGGGUAGUCUCAGCGCGUCUGAUCUGAACAAGAGAUUUAUUCUGAGUUUUCUCCACGCACACGGAAAGCUCUUCACUAAAGUGGGUAUGGAAUCCUUCCCUGGAGUGGCGAGCCGCGUUCUGCAGGAGUUCAGGACGCUGCUGCAGCACGGCCCGUCUCUGCUGGGCAGCACCCACCUGCUGCAGAUCAUCACCAUCAACAUGUUCACCAUACACAACGCGCACAGCAGAAGUGAGGAGGGAGAGGUACGAACUCUUUUGCAAGAGCAAAGCACUGCCCUGGGCCUCGGCAUGUUUGCUCUGCUGGUGCAGCGCUGCACAGAACUUCUCAAAGAAACUCCUACAGAACAAGUCCCUGUGGGAGACGGAGAGGAGGAGGGUAAAGUGGAGGAGCUGGAGGGGAUUGUGAGAGUCUCAGCCUUCCCAUUGGAUCUCAAAGAACUGCUGCCAAGCAUCAAAGUCUGGUCUGACUGGAUGUUGGGACACCCCGACCAGUGGAACCCACCUCCCUGCAGCAUAGAGUCGAGCCCUGACGUUUGGCAGUGCCUGGCGGACCUGUGUAACGUCCUGGCCACUGUGGAUCACGAGGAGGUGCUGCUGUACAAAGCCGACACGGAGGAAGUGGAGGGCGAUGAGGAGCUGACGGGGCUUCAGCUGAAGGAGGACAGGCUGCUGGCAGGCUUUGUCCCUCUGCUGGCUGCUCCGCAGGAGCCGUGCUACAUAGACAGACACACUGACGUGGCAAUAGCAGCGGAUUGCAAGCGAGUGACGGUGCUGAAGUACUUUCUGGAAGCUUUGUGUGGACAGGAAGAGCCUUUGUUGGCUUUCAAGGGAGGCAAAUACGUCUCUGUGGCAACUUCUCCACCACCUAACCACUCAGUGGAUCCGCGGAGCAGACAGGAGUCUCUGACGGAGCGAGAGAGCGAUGACGUCAUCCUGGAGGCAGAGUCCUCUCUCUCCGCCUCCGAGGAAGAGGAGGACGCCGAGGAGGCGGCCGACAGCGAGAACGACAUCAGGCAGCUGAAAGCCCGACGCCACGCCCUCGCCAACAAGCUGGCACAGCAGCAGAAGCGCAGAGAUAAAAUACAGGCUGUACUGCAGACCAGUGGGCAGUUGGAGCUGGAAGUGAGGCCUCUCUUCCUGGUUCCGGACACCAACGGCUUCAUUGAUCAUUUGGAAGGGCUGAACAGACUCCUUCAGUGUGGAACAUACAUCAUAGUUGUGCCACUUAUUGUGAUUACUGAGUUGGACGGCUUGGCUAAAGGCCAGGACAGUUUCGGCGGAGGAGCGGGAGGACGCAGCGCCGGCGCUCGUGGCAACUACAAUGUCAGCGCGGCUCACGCGCGCGCCGUGCAGGAGAAGGCUCGGUCGGCGGUGGCGUUCCUGGAGAAAGGCUUCGAAGCCAGAGAGCCGUGCCUCAGGGCGCUGACGAGCAGAGGAAAUCAGCUGGAGUCGAUCGCCUUCCGCAGCGAGGACACGUCGGGACAGCAGGGGAACAACGAUGAUGUGAUUCUGUCCUGCUGCCUUCACUACUGCAAAGACAAGGCAAAAGACUUCAUGCCCCAUCAGAGAAAUGGGACAGUGAGGCUCCAGAGAGAGGUGGUCCUCCUCACGGACGACCGCAACCUGCGCGUCAAAGCUCUGACCCGCAACGUCCCCGUGAGAGACAUCCCUGCUUUCCUCAGCUGGGCCAAGGUGGGCUGAACCAGACCAGACCAGACCAGACCGGGCCGGAAUGGAAGGAACCCAACUGCUGAAGCCUGCUCGUCUCUCAGCCAGGAGGACACACUUACAGCGGAGGGAGAGGAUGUGAUGAAGAAUGCGAGGAACCACCUCUUGCGAAACAAAAGCAAAUGUAGUGAGAGCAGAGUGGUUUCAGCGAGCUUCUCCCUGUUGCGACGGAGUGCGUGCGUGUGUGUAUUUAAGAUCAGCGAGCUUCCCCAGCGAGCGGCGGCGAGACUUGAAAAGUCUCAGAGAAAGGCUGGAAGUGGAAGGGAGGACGGAGGUGAAAGUGAGUGGAUUGAUUUGCAGGUUGCUCUGUCCAGCCUCGCAGCUUUGAGCCUCUUAAGUGUGCACUCUGCAAGCAGAAUAAAAAUUUGGAGCGGAUGAUAGAAAGAGGGGAGGGGGAGAGAGGGAGCGCGUCUUCCAGUCUUUUCGAUUGGUUACAGACCGCAGCAGUGAAGGUCUGAAACUGCACCUUCACACCUCCGAGAGCCCAGACUUCCACGCCGCUCUGCCUUUUGCAGCAGAGCCGAGAGAAACUGCCGGGCGGUCUCUGUCAGUACAGACAGACGUGGCUGAUUGCAGGGAGGGUAAUCAGAAGCCCUUGUGCGCUCUCGUCACUGCCGAGUCUGCAGGUACGGCGUUCCCUGCACAGCCAGGGAGCCCUCCAUGCCUGUUCAGUAUCUUAGUUCUUACUCCAGUUUAAUGCUAAUUUAACUUCUGGUGUUGUACGGAAACCUUAACUACAACACAAACAUUGAUUUGUAAUUGUUUUUUUUUGUGUUCAGUUUUAAAGAUGUUUUAUUUAAUUCAUAGCGUUCUCAGAUAAUAAGCCUCUGCAGAGUUUUCUCCAGACUUUCAUGAAUUGAAUCCAUUUGGUACUUGAGAUACAGUUUUAUUUGUAAAUACUUGAUUCAUUUUUGGUUUUCCACAGUAGUUUUUCUUUGUGUGUUCGAUGAAUUCAGAAAAUUGAACAUUUGGGGUGGUUGAGUGAAAUGAAAUCCUGCGUAGUAACAUAAAGUCCUGGAGGAUGACUUUGCAGAAACUUUAUUUUCGAGAACCGCCGGUGGCUUUAUUUCCCAUUCGUCUUCACACUCUAGGCUCCUUUUAGUUUCCACCACAACAGUUAUAUCAUUAAUACAAGACGUUCUCCAGAUGUGAUUUUUUUUUUAAAAUCUUUUUUCUAGUUAAUGUACUCUGUUCUUCUGUCGAAACACACUUGCUAUAGUAUAGGCUGUAAAAACAGCAACAAUUCCACAUUGUCAACAAGCAUUCAGACAUAACGGCAGUGCUUGGUAUUUCCCCGUCUUGCAGGCAGAGUGCAUGCUACUCUGUUUGAAUGCUUUUAGGUUGAUCCUCUGGUAUCAAAUGCAGCUCAUCCGUAUGCAUUGAAAAUAAUUAUUGCAAAUAAAAACAGCCGCCGUGCUCUAUUUGUCCUGUGUAGUUUCAGCCAGGCUCGUUCAACUGUGAUCAUUUUAUGGUUUUUGUGUGAUCAUUUAUUCUUUCCUUCAGACGCUUUGUUUUGGUGCCGUUGUAGUAUUCAGUGUGUGGAGUAAUCCUGCCGUUUUAGUGUCGUAGAAUAAUAUUUAGCUUAAUGUUAAUGACAUUUUCAUCAAACACCAAUAAAAAUGUUUCGGAGC